CUUCGUUGACUCGUGUUAAUAGUUUGUUAACCCAGAACAGCUUGGUUGGAUUCUUGCACUAGCAACAUCGAACGAUAUUUCAUGUCUAUUGUUUGAGAUCAAGUCCUCCAAUUACACCAGAUACUCGUGGUUCUUUGACCCUGAGUCUUGAGAUAAGCGGCAGUCAUUGAUCAUCUCAGCUUGAAGUUGUCAUCGGAUGUAAACUCGCCUUCAGACGAACGAAAUACCAGACAUCAGCAGAUUCUCAGAUUACAUACGCAUCUAGAGUGACUUCAACUUACUCACUCGUCGACGAGCCACAAUGGCCCCCAUUAAGAGCAUAGAGUACUUCCGAGUACCUCCUCGCCGGCUCUUUGUCAAGAUCACAGACGAGGAUGGCAACUACGGUUGGGGUGAAGCAACCCUCGAGGGUCACACGCAGGCAGUCGAAGGAUGUCUCGAGUUUUACAAGAGCCAGUUUACUGGGAUGGAUGCCAAUGAGAUCGAGAACAUCUGGCAGACAGCCUGGCGCAAGCACUUCUACCGCGGCGGUGCGGUCUUUAUGAGUGCCUUGUCUGGCGGUGACAUUGCCCUUUGGGACCUGACGGGGCGUAAGCUGGGUGUUCCCAUCUACGAGCUUCUUGGUGGCAAGGUCCGAGACAAGAUCAAGGUCUACGCUUGGAUCGGCGGGGACCGUCCUGACGAUGUUGCUUUGCAAGCGCAACAGCGUCUUGACGCUGGUUUCACCUGUGUCAAAAUGAAUGCCACCGCGGACCUCGGCUGGCUCGACUCCCCAGCUGCUCUCCAGACGUCAGUGGAUAGACUGGAGACAGUGAAGAAGAUGGGCCUUGAUGUCGGCGUCGACUACCACGGUCGAGUCCACAAGGCCAUGGCAGGCCAGCUCGCUAAGCUCAUGGAGCCUCACCAACCUUACUUCAUCGAGGAACCGCUCCUCUCGGAGAACAUUGGCGGCAUCGUGGCCCUUUCGCAGAAGACGACGAUUCCCAUCGCCCUCGGCGAGCGGCUGUACCACCGCUGGGACCCCGAUAUCUCCCACGUGGGAGGUAUCUCAGAGAUCCGCCGCAUCGCUGCCAUGUGCGAGACCUACGACGUCUCCGUCGCGCCGCACUGCCCCCCGGGUCCCAUCUCCCUGGCGGCCAGCGUGCAGGUCGACACGGCGAUGCCCAACUUUUGUAUCCAGGAGAUGAGCCUCGGCAUCCACUAUAAUGCAAUGGUUGGCAACGAGGACCUGACGAGCUACAUCAAGAAUCCGGAGAUUUGGAGCCCGGUUGGUGGCUAUAUUGGCAUUCUCCGAGGUCCGGGUCUGGGAAUCGAGGUUGACGAGGAGAAGGUGCGGGAGCUCUCGAAGAAGUGUGACAUAUGGGUUACGCCUGGCUUUAACGGCCCUGGAGGAGAGAUUCGCGAGUGGUAG